AAUGGGGUUCGUAGACGAUUUCACGUCCUUCAAGCUUGCCAGCCCAGCGGGACUGGUCCUCAUACCCACUCUCGGCAUUUCCGCUAUCUUGAGCUACUACAUCAUCAUCGGGCUGUACAACAUCACGUUCCACCCCCUCGCCAAGUACCCAGGUCCAAAAAGCUACGGCUUCACGCGUCUGACAUGGUCUCUGGACGUUAUUUCCGGAAAAUCAUGCUUCCGCCUCGCCGCCCUCCACGACAAAUACGGCGAAGUCGUCCGCAUCGGCCCCAACGAGCUCUCCUACACCAACUCGAAAGUCUGGAAAGAAGUCUUCGGCUCGCAGCCCGGCGGCAAGCCGCAAAUGCAAAAGGAUCCCCUCCACUACCAGAAACAUGAUAAGACGCCAUCCUUGCACGUGUCUGGGGACGCGGACCACACGCGCAUGCGACGCUUGAUAGCCCAUGCGUUUUCCGACAAGGCUUUGCGCGACCAGGAGUACAUCAUGCAGAAUUACUCGAGCUUGUUGAUCAGCCGAUUACGGGAGGUGAGUGCGGGCGGCACAACGGUGAAUAUCCGCCAAUGGUAUCACUGGGCCCUGUUCGACCUCUUCGGGGAUCUCUGCUACUGCGAGCCGUUUGGGUGUCUCCGGGACGGGAAGAGUCAUCCGUGGGUUGAUAUCAUCGGGGAGUCGAUCCAAGCUUUCGCGUAUAUCGGACUCGCGAGACGGAUUCCGGGGCUGCAGAAGCUGCUGUUCAAGAUGAUGCCGAAGAAGAAGAUCGAGCAGGCGGCGUGGCACACGAAGUUCAGCAGCGAUUUGGCCGAUAAGCGAAUGGCGAUGCAGACGGACCGACCGGAUUUCAUGAGCUUCUUGCUCAAGUAUAAUGAUGAGAAGGGAUUGUCGAUUCCGGAGAUUCGAUCGAACUCGAAUGUGUUGAUUCCAGGUGGGAGUGAAACAACUGGGACGUUCUUGGCGGGGACGACGUGGCAUUUAUUGAAGAACCCCGAUAAGAUGAAGAAGCUUGUUCAGGAGGUGCGCGGAGCUUUUGCUACUCAGGAGGAGAUCACAGUUGUCAAGUUAAACCAACUGAAAUAUCUUACGGCUGUUAUCGAAGAAGGCCUGCGGGUCUAUCCUCCAGUGCCCUCGAACAUGCCUCGAUCGAUUCCACCAGAAGGCGCAACAGUGUGUGGGAAAUGGGUACCUGGCGGAACUUCCGUUGCCAUAGCACCAUGGCCAAUGUUUACGAGCGCCGCAAACUUCUCCGACCCGCUCUCCUUCAUCCCUGAGCGAUGGCUUGGAGAUCCGCUCUUCGCGCACGAUGACAGGGCCGCAUUCCAGCCUUUCUCAUCUGGUCCCAGGAACUGCAUCGGAAAGAAUCUUGCUUACGCGGAAAUGCGCAUGGUAUUGGCAAAGAUGGUAUGGAACUUCGAUCUUGUAUUGCAGCCGGAAAGCGAGAAUUGGUUCCCACACGAAAUGGUCGUCGUUUGGAACAUUCCGCCUCUUCAUAUCAAGCUGAUUCCGGUGGUACGCGAGCCUGCAAUUACCGUUACCGAGUCGUGAAGAUUGUAUUCUCUCGGAGAAAACUUUUGUUCAGACGGAUGUAUGCUCACAGCUACUACGUUUGUUAGGGUAGCAAGGGCUUGAGGUUACAGAGUUUUGAGGAGGUACGAUAGAGUAUAAAGCAAUAGAAAAACUAUAUCACUAG